GCAUUGCGGGAAUAACGGAGUCCUUCCUUACAGGAGACAAAUUCAGGUGACGGACUUUUUCCUUUCAAGAAGGACAAUCAUUCCUGAUGUUAAUAAUGCGCAGAAUGAGCUCAGUGCUGCAGCUGUCACUGCGUUAAAACCUGUCAGCCUUGGAGAGGGAGGGCGGUUUGGACAGCCAGAACUCCUCGGAGCCGACUGCUUCUGCAGCACAAACCGGAUCUCACGUCCAACCUGGAGACAUUUUUUAAUUUUUAUUUAUUUUUUUUAAUUUUUUUGCUGCAUUCACGAUGAUCAGAGCGUGACUUACUGGCGCUGAGUAGAGGCAUCCCUGCUCUCUCUUUAUUCCCCCCUUUCUUUCUCUCCCGCCUCCCCUCUCUGUCUCUCUCUCUUUUCUUUUCGGGGGUUCAGCACAGGCUGCUCAGUCAGUUAGCCCCCCUUUUGUUUUUUUGGUCAGCGGUGGGGAAGCUGAGAGCGAUGGGACGACUCGGUUUCAGCACCACGGAGAGCGCCCGACUUCUGCUGCUCUGUGUGUUUGGUGUGCUGGCGCUGUCCGCGGUGCUGGCGGAGCAGGAAGGGGAGAACCUGUCCGGUCUCUCAAACAACCCAGACAAAGCCAUCUUCGCGGUCCGGGAGAACGGCACAACAUGCCUGAUGGUGGAGUUCGCCGUGAAAUUCCUCGUGCCAUAUGACGUGCUCGCGCUCAACGGGAUAGACCUGAUCACCGAGCAGGCGUCGUUCACUCUGCCCCGUGGUGCAGAAAUCGAGGGGAAAUGUGGGAGCACGGAGUCAGAGAUCCACAUAACCUGGAAGAACAACGCCUACACCCUCCGCAUCUACUUCUCCAAGGAGUUCCGUGACAAGGACGUUGAGGUGUGGAAGAUUAGCAAGGUCCAGUUCGUCUACGACACCUCGGAGACAUCGCAUUUCAUCAACGCAUACAACCCUGGGAAGCACACAGCCAACACCCACCGCCUGGCGGCCCUGGUGACCCCCGCAGGGCACUCCUUUGUGUGCACAGCGCAGCAGACUCUCACCCUCAUCUCCAGCGACCACCAGAAGGGCAUCACCGUCUCCAUGUAUGACAUCCAGAUCCAGCCCUUCGACAUCGCCUCUGACUUCAUGUUCAGCGAACCCUACAAGUGCAUCACCGACCAGCGGGAGCGCCUGGAGGAGACCCUCCCCCUCAUUCUGGGCUUCAUUUUGGCCCUCAUCAUCGUCAUCACGCUCACGGUCUACCACUUCCACCUGAAGCUGACAGCGAACCAGCCCCAGCUCCCCAGAGAUCGCUCCAUGUACAAGAACAUGUAGUCAGCAGCACAGCGGCGGCUCCCUCAGCUCUCCCCAAAGCUAACCUGAUAAAAGACUUGUCUCCUCGAUGUCCCAGGCCUAACACCACGGAGGAAAGUGCUAUGCGAUGGACUGAAUCCCUGACAGAGAAAUGUGUAUAGCCUGUACUGUAGGCCCACUGGAACCACUGGAAGUUAAUGGGACAGCUUGGGGCCUAGCAUGGAUGUAGUUGGAGGGUAAACCCACCAAAACCUAAUUUACCUGGCUGCUGAAUUGAAUCUUAAUGUCAUAAAUUCAUAGUCUGCAUUACAGUAAUUAGAAUUUGAAUGAAAAUAAAAACAGAAAUGUAUGCUUUUAUGAAUAUUUCGUUCAGAUUGGUGGUUGUUUGUCAUCUGAAAAAUCACCAACUUGAGGUUAGUUUACCAAUUUUUUUCCGUAACAUCACUGGGACCUAGUUUAUCACUUCAGCCAUUUUUAUCCAACUUCUCUUUGAAAGAAAUGUCAGAAAUUGCCAGAGCUUCUGCUGUCAUUUGCCAACAGUUUGUUGUCUUCACCUGUCUUUCUCUCUCUGAAACUGCUGCUAAAUUAUUUCAGUACCUAUUGUUGGUUCUGUAUUUGCUAAUCUUGAUAUUCUUUUUGUUUAAGAGUCCCUUUAAUUUCAUUUUUGAAUGCAGUCGUAGUGUUUCACAGUGGACAAGUCUCGUAGUGUGUGCAGUGCAGUGGCAUUCAGAGUCGCAAUGUUUUUGCUUUGACUUCAACAAAUCUUUUCCUCCACAUCAAUGUAAGGAACAUAUCAAAAAAAGGAAGAAAGAAAUACAUGAACACUUGACAAAGAUUCUGUGCUAAAUAGUGAAGAAUUUAUCAGAAUGCCAUAUGAGAGUGUUUAUGGAAAUGCAGAGGUUAUUUAAUUAAAAAAAAAAAUGUGUAUAAUAUUUUCAGAAUCAAAGUCUAUGCAUAAACCUCUGCUGAUGCAAUCUUGUGCAGUAUUAUUCUGUUCAUUUAAAUAAAUUGCUGGAAUCAUA